UACAGAAGAAGAAACAGAGGCUCACAGAACUGAGAGGGCCUACCCCAAGGAACAUUAGGGAAUGAGGCGAGAGCUCCCGUUUCCUGCCCUGCAGUCCGGGAUAAAUCCACGGAGCCUUUUUUUAAAAAACUGUACUUAUAUGCAGAUAUUUAUUUUUUAUAUAGAUGAAUAUUUUAGUGGAUCUUCGAAGGGGAAAAAGUCACAAAAGGCCGCAAACUGAAUGAGGCUGCUGUCGCCCAGGCAACCACGGUCACCUAGGAGGGGGCCCGGGGCUGGAGUCAGCGAGCCACGCCCUCAUUCAAACUGGGGAGCUCCGGGCCAAGUUUGGGGGCGACGGAACACCCGGAGAUGCUGUGGAGGCACGGAGUAGGGAGAUCCAGUAUGGGGACGCUGGACCGUUAAUAGGGAGGACUGACACACUCUGGAUUCCAGCGGAGGCCACGUGGUGGCGAUUGGAUAGGGCAACGACGCUGUAGCGCAAGUUUCUAGAUGAAAAUGGUCCUAAUGAGGACCCGUAGAGCUUCCAAGGGCUUCAGCUCUAAAACCCCGGCCUGGGGGCGGGGCAAGGGUUUGCGGGCGGAAGCUUUCCGGGACGCGGGGAGCGGGGCAACGGAAAUGACGCUUAGGCGCACCAAUAGGGCGGGGCGGGCGCUAACGGUUUUCGGUAGCGCUGUCUUAGAAGGGCGGGGGAGAGGAGGUGGCGAGUCUGUGUUCCCUGACCCUUGGGCCCCAGCGACCCCGCACCCCUGCAGACACCCCAAGAUGAUGGGCUGUGAGGAGCCAGAGCUGGAGUCGGUGGAAGGGGGAGAGGCCGUGGCUGACCCAGGGCCACUCCCAGAACCCCGAGCCCCCGUGCCCGGAGCCCCCGUGCCGGAGCCCGGCCUGGACCUGAGCCUAAGUCUGAGCCCUCUGUCCGAGAGCCCCGGGCGCGGGCGGUCCAACUGCAGCCCGGGACGGCGGAAGGGGCGGGCGGACCGGCGGGGCGGGGCCCGCAAGGGGCGGCAGGUCCGCUUCCGCCUGGCGCCGCCCUCCCCCGUACGGUCCCAGCCGCCGCCGGCCGCCACCGCACCGAGCGAGAAGCUCGCGGCGCCGCAGGACCUGGGGACGCCCGCGCAGCAGAGCAGCCUGGCCCUGAGCUUCGAGCUGCAGGCCGCGCGGGCCGCAGCCGGGGGCCAGUUCGAUGCCGCGAAGGCCGUGGAAGAACAGCUGAGAAAGUCGUUCCAGACCCGCUGCAGCCUGGAAGAGAGCGUGGCCGAGGGGCUGAACGUGCCGCGCUCCAAGCGGCUCUUCCGAGACCUGGUGAGCCUGCAGGUGCCCGAGGAACAGGUUCUGAACGCCGCGCUGAGGGAGAAACUGGCGCUCCUGCCGCCGCAGGCCCGAGCCCCGCCUCCAAAGGAGCCAUCUGGGCCAGGGCCAGACAUGACCAUUUUGUGUGAUCCAGAAACAUUAUUUUAUGAAUCUCCACACCUGACCCUGGAAGGUCUGCCCCCUCUCCGGCUUCAACUCCGGCCCCGCCCUUCAGAGGAUACCUUCCUUAUGCAUCGGACACUGAGGCGAUGGGAAGCGUAGACUUGGGAGGCUCCCUGGAUUGCUAGUUCAUAUCUUUUUGUUUUUAAACUAUGAGAAUAAAGUGGUUUUGCUAACAAAUGGGACUCUUCUUGG